GGAAGGACACACUCGUUUUAUUCUUGUAAUUUGUAUUUGUCAUAAUGGACACAACAGAUAAAGUUGUUGGUAUUAGCGUCAGCGUGUCUGGUUUACUUUUUUCGUUAUUUUACAGAUUAUAUAAAAACAGAAAUAGAACGGCUGACGAAAUCAAGUCUACUGAAGUUUUUACUGUUGAUGAAGACCUGUUUCGUCGGCUACAGGAAGUGGAUGGUAACUCUAUUGCCUAUGCUACCGUUGAAGGCGUUGUCUAUCCAACCUACCAGAUUCAGAAACUGCAGAGUAAAUAUGUCCAAGAAGAGGGUGUUAUCCGGCACUGGCGGAUUGUAGAACACAAGUCAAGGAGGAUGCAGGGAUAUUGGACUGAUGCUGAGCGAGUUAUUAGUAACACACUUGAGAAUGUACCAUUUAUACUUACCACUUCUGAUCAGUCUGAAAAGAAAGUUCAUGUCACCGAAGCCUUGAAUGCUGAAUUCAUAUUAGAUGACUUGACUGUAACAUAUGAUCAGUUUACGCCAAAAAACCCUAAUAUGCUUCAAAUUGGUAUUGAACGUAUUUUUGGCGAGUAUUCUAAAGGAAUUCAAGAAAAAGAGAAAAUGCUUUUGGUUGGUACAAGUCUUGUUGGAAUUGGAGAAGUGUGCCUUGAGAACAGUCAAGUGAAGCUAGGCCCCCCUUCCCAAGGCAGCUACAUUUUGUCAAAACUGACUCGAAAUGAAAUCAUUCGAAAAUUUGAAUCCCAGUCAUUUGUAUACAAAGUGAUAACCAUCAUUUUUGGAGCAAUAAGCACAGGCUUGACAUUUUAUCUCAUUUGGAAAUUUACAAAAAAGUACAUGGAACACAAACGGAACAGGAGAAUAUUUGAUGAGAUUCGAGCGACUACUCGUACAGCGUUUGAGAGUGAUGCUGCUGAAGCUGAUUCCUCCAUGUGUAUCAUCUGUCUGAGUCACCCUAGGGACGUCAUCGUGUUGGACUGCGGCCACGUGUGUAUGUGCUCGAACUGCGCUCAGAUUCUACCAGAGCCAAAGCGGUGCCCAAUGUGCAGAAUUGAUGUUAAACGCUUUGUCCCACUGUACAGAUCCUAGGAAAAUUGGUGAAUUUCACCGAGUGUGUAACAUUUCUAACACUGAAUUGGUUUCUUUAAAGUUUUAUAACCUCUGUAACUAGAGCGGAGCGAUAUACUGUAUAUACUAUUUGGUAUAGGUAUCAUGUUAAUACUGAGUUACCGUACCAAGCAAAUUUGGUAUUGAAAAAUGUUAUACGCCAUUUAGUAAAGCACUAACAAUAUAUCUGACAAAUCCAAAAUAGCUGAAAAGAAGACAGAGAUGAGGGCCUUGUGUAUGGAAUUUAAUUUUAUUUAGAUGAAAUUAGCAGAUGAGACUUGUUGUAUCUCCAAUGGAUGUCUCUGGAUUUAAUCACUAACAAAUUUAAUCAGACAAAACCACAUGGAACUUAAACCAACCACUUUAGUAAACUUCUUCUCUCGACUACACUCUGCACAUGUGUAUAUGGCAUACGUGUCGACUACAGUCAGAAUCAGAGGGAGCAGUUAUUGUCUUCAAAUAUAUAGUCCGAUACUACAUUC